CUGCGCCUUUGUUGUCAGACGAUAGUAAGGCGACUGUUUAUCCUUCGAGCUAGCUAACUUAGCCAGUUUUAUAGGAGGAAAAUAUAAAACUUGCUUGAAAUGAUUAGUUGUACGUUUUGACGUAACUGAAUCAUCCCGAAAGUGGGAUUCGCAGCAAAACAAGGCGAAUACGUCAGUCGCUAUCAAAGAGGAAGUUUGACAGAUCGAGGAGAGUACACAUGUCGUCUGCAGCAGGAACAGUGGAAAAUGCCUCCAUCAUUUCAGAGAGUGUGGCACAUGACGGGAACCGCUUGUGGAUAGGCAACAUCGAUCCCAAAAUCACAGAGUAUCACCUAGUGAAGUUGUUGGAGAAGUUUGGCAAUGUGAAACAGUUUGACUUCCUGUUUCAUAAGUCUGGGCCUUUGGAGGGACAGCCACGAGGCUACUGCUUUGUCAACUUCAGCACCAGAGAGGAGGCAGAGAGGGCGAUCCAGUGUUUAAAUGGGAAGCUAGCUUUGUCCAAGAAGCUGGUCGUGCGCUGGGCGCACGCACAGAGGUUUGAAGGUUUCCGUAAUGACAAGACGAUGCCUCCGAGCCUGGAACCGUCGUGCAGCGGCGCAACAGAGGAAGGACCCGUAACUACUAACCACCUCAGUACGAGUGCUAAGAUCCGUGCCAUCGAGGCCAAGCUCCAGAUGAUGGAGGAGAAUCCAGAUGAUGACUACUCGGGCCCGUCGGCCUACGUUUACAACAAACCGCCAGAGAGGAAACGCUGGGAGCCCUACUCUAAAUCACACCACAAUAACCAGAGCAGGCCCUUCCGCAGGUUUAGGAGAUGACCCAUCCUCCCACCCAAUCUGGAGGAACCCCCCACCCACCCACCCUAUACACCUCAGCCCCCACCUACACACACAAACAGACUCUACACUAGAUACUAUAAAGACUAUACACAUCCUAUCCGGGAAUAAAAGGUUUUGAAGUUGUUCAUAAUACUUUGAGAAACCGGACUCUUGGGGAGUAAUCGCAGCAAUCACGGACAAGUACCUAAAGUGGUCUCAGUUAUUUUGGGUUACAGCAUCAGUUGUUAUUUAGUCUGAACAUAUGCCCCAUACCUGACUGCUGUGCAGACUGGACACCUUAUCAGUCUGCUUUCUCACUUUUGCAGAGAUGUAAUGCAGGUGAAUCAUACAGCUGUGAGUCACAUGACGCACAGUUACUAGGAGAGAGAAAUGUUAUUAUUAAGGAGUCUAAAUGCUGAUUCUCGUUUUUUGAUGUGUUUUUCCUUUCAGAUCAUAUUAUUUUAAAGGUGAAAUACAAUUUUUGUGUCUUUAUUCAAGACUUCAAUGAAGAGGAAGAAAUACACAGAUUUGUAACAGGUUUGUAUUAAUGGAGUUCAAAUGAUAAGCCACAAGCCAUUCAGCGACACUUACUGUAAGUUGCAGUAUUUUUGUGUGAUGUUCUUUGCUCUUUUCCUAAUAGUUUUUUUCUUUUUCUUUUUUCUUGGAUCCAAUUUUUAUACGACUGCUGUCAAACUCUUUUUACUGACUUUUUUGUGGUGUGUAGAGUUUUGGUAUUUCCCUUGCCACAGUCUCUUUAUUUAAUUUUUUCCAAUUAAAGGCAAUUAAAUAUCA